AUGGCCGGCAUUGGUGUGGCAACAGGAGCCGCUUUGGUCAAUGGCAGCCACGGCGCCACAGCCAGGAGGAGCAUCUCGCCCUCGUCGUCCUCGAGCACUUCCUCGUCAAUCACCGUUGGCGUGCUUGCGAUUCAAGGCGCCUUUCGCGAACAUGCCUCGCACAUCAAUCGCCUCAACUCGCUCCACCCGCUCCAGACCAUCCGUAGCCUGCUCGUGCGCACGCCCGAACAGUUGGCGGACUGCGAUGCGCUCAUCAUCCCCGGCGGCGAGUCUACUGCGAUCUCUCUCGGCUGUGAGCGAAUUGGACUGCUGGAACCGCUGCGCAAGUGGGUGCGUGACGGUCGACCCGUGUGGGGUACAUGUGCGGGCAUGAUUAUGCUGGCUCGAGAGGCGAGCGGUGGCAAAAAGGGCGGUCAGCAGUUGAUCGGCGGUGUUGACGUUCGUGUAGGCAGGAACGGGUUUGGGUCGCAGAUUGACUCGUUCGAGACUGGGCUCGAGAUUCGCGGGCUGGAGAGGCAGGAGGAGCCGUUCAACGGGGUGUUUAUCCGUGCACCUGUGGUGGACGCGCUGUUGCUCCCCGACGAUCUCGAGAAGGUGGGUGUGGACGAGCCAACGCUGGUGAAGCGUGUCGAUCCUGCCACUCUGGCCGACUCGGUACCGGUGCCAAUAAGUACGACGAAUGCUGUCCCGCUCACACCCGGUGCAGAGCUACCCGCCAACGCCUCUGAACCGCCGCUGCCCAAACUCGCGAAUGCCGAACCGGCACUGCGCAUCGUCGUCGCCCCGCCACUCUACGACACCUCGGACCCGGUGAGCUCGGCGCAAAAGAGACCUCCCAUCGAGAUUCUCGCUACCCUGGCCGAACCCGUGACGCCACCCAAGUCGCCCUCGAAUCGUCCUGUUGCCGCACACGUGGCAGAGCGCGAUCCCAGGAUGGAUAUCGCCGAUCGACCGGCUCACGACUCGCAGAUUGUUGCCUUGCGGCAGGGCAACAUCCUCAUGACCAGCUUCCAUCCUGAACUGACGCCCGAUACGCGUUUGCACGACCUCUUUGUGACAAAGAUUGUUGCGCCUUACAAGAAUCUGCAGCAGCAGCAGCAGCAGUAG